ACAGCAGAAAAGAACUGCAAGCGACAGAUUUACUAAAAAAAAAUUUUAUUAAAUUAAAUUACAAGUUUAACUACUAAUAAGAAAUAUAAUUUAUUGUAAGAAAAAGCUAUGAUUUAUACACGAAUAUAUUCUUAUAUGAUUCAAAGCAUAUGUCGAUUUUGUUAAAAUGCAAAAUAUGUGUGCAGAAAAGCUUUGAAAUAAAACAAAAAGGAAGACUUUUUUUUCUUGGGAAAAUAUUGAGGUUGCGCUCUAAUUAUUGUGAAAAGGAAAACAUUAAAAUAUAGUUAUUGAAACGAUAAACGUACCAGCAUAAGGAGAUUUACUAUUAAAAGUUAGCUUCGACGACGGCAUAAACAACAUCUACAACAGGAAAAAGAAUGUCACCGCUGAGUAUUUCAUCAUUUUCAUUUGACAUCUGGAAAAACGAUCCACCGGAUGUCCAUAUAAUGGUCUUUCUGCCCAAUGGACUAAUGAUGUUACUCCAUAUGCCUUCCACAUCCACCAUCAGAGAUAUUAAAUUGGAGGCCAUAAAAUAUUCCAAAAAUUAUCCCUUAUAUACUCUUAUAAAGGAUUCUUGCAAUUACGAAGUCAGUGGUAUAACGAAUUUUGCUAGCAUAGAACCAUUUACCGAUGAAUCGAAACGCUUAUGCGAUCUGCAGCCUUAUUUUUGCCUUAUUCGCUUAACCGAACGCAGUGAAGCCACCGCUAUUUCUAGCGAUUAUGAAUUAUCGAAAAUGGUUAGCAAUAUGAUCGGUAAAUCUUUUGAAGAAUACAGCUCGCAACGUAGUCCUGAAGAAGAUGACUUUCGUAAACGAAUGACUCUCUUAUGCGAUGAAAUUGAAUUGGAACGUUCAAAAUUCAGUUGGUCCGAAAAAUUAUUAUACGAGAAUCCCAUGCGGUUAGCGAAUACGCCCGUAAUGCCGGAAAUUAUUAAGGCACGCUUAAAAAAUUCGAAUUUUCUAAUAGUAGUCAAGCUGGAGAAUGACGAGACAUCAUUUACAAUACAAGUCAAUGAAAAUCAUACACCGAAAACUUUAAUCGAUUCGGCUCUAUCGAAAGUACGUAAAUCGCAGAUAAAAGUAAGCGAUCGUGCUUCCGAUUAUAUAUUAAAAGUGCGCGGCCGUGACGAAUAUUUGUUCGGUGAUUAUCCCUUAAUACAAUUCAUCUAUAUACAGGAAAGUUUGUCCGGUUCUGACGUACCUAAUGUUGUGCUAAAACCUAUACAUACUCUACAGUCUUAUAUAAGCUAUAAACAAGAACUGAAUGCUGCCCCCAAACGCCCACCAAAACCAGAUAGUUUGCGUUUACAAAAUCAAACUAACAACGAGUUAACGACUGCGACUCUGGCCAAACGUAAAAUAAAAAUGUCUUGGGAUAUCGAGCAACCGUUCCGUUUACGUCUGCAACGUAUCGAUAAUGUUAAUUGUGAUUUAGUGCGUGGUAUAAAAAUCGGCAUACAUAUUGGUUUAUAUCAUGGCGAACGUAGAUUAUGUGCUCAUCAUUCAACCGAUAUACCCAGUAGUAAUAAUCGUUCAUUUACGUUCGAGCAAGAUAUUGCAUUCGAUAUACAAAUGCAAAAUUUACCCCGUAUGACGCGUUUAUGUAUUGUCAUCUAUGAGGUGACAAAAACAACACGAUCGAAAAAAUCGUCAAAUACCAGUAGUAGUAGAGACGGUACAAUUUAUAAAGAUAGUAAUGUUAGUAUAAAUCCAUUGGCUUGGGUUAAUACUACAUUAUUUGAUUAUAAGCAUCAAUUGAAAAAGGGCUUAUUAAACUUGUAUACGUGGACCUAUGCCGAUGAUAUACAAUCAGAUGAGAUCUUCCAUCCGCUUGGCACAAUUGAACCGAAUCCACGUAAAGAUGAAUGUGCUGUCAUACAACUCACAUUCCAUAAUUAUGGUUAUGAUAACAUACAAUAUCCUUCAGAGGAAUUGGUAUUACUGCAUGCAUCUCAUUUGGCUAAUAAUGAAACAUUAAGUCGCAGCAACACUGAAGAUGCUUCAAUAAGUGUGAGCCAAAUGUUGUCACAGUAUUUGCGCAGCAUUAAUAAAAUCUUUGAAAUGCAUGAUCAAGACCGGAACGAUAUAUGGGCCAAAAGAUACGAUAUAAAAGAAGAAGUACCCGAAGAAUUAUCGAUACUCCUGCACUGUGUUAACUGGAACGAGCGUGAUGAAGUGGCCGAAAUGUGGUCUCUGCUAAAACAAUGGCCCACUAUUUCUGUCGAAAGAUCAUUAGAACUUUUAGAUUAUGCUUAUCCUGAUCCUGCGGUACGCAAUUUCGCUAUACGAUGUCUGCGUUUAUUAAAAGAUGAGGAACUGUUAUUGUAUUUGUUGCAACUUGUGCAAGCCAUGAAACACGAAUCAUAUCUUGAUUGCGCUCUUGUCUCCUUUGUACUUGAACGGGCUUUGCGUAAUCAACGUAUCGGCCAUUAUUUCUUCUGGCAUUUGCGUUCUGAAAUGCAAACACCGUCUAUGCAAACACGAUUUGGUUUACUGCUUGAAGCUUAUCUUAAAGGUUGCAAGCCGCACGUCCCGCUUUUACGUAAACAAUUGCAUGCCCUUGAAAAAUUGAAACAAGGUUCAAUGUUAGCUAAAAAAGGUAGUAAAGAUAAAGUACGCAAUUUAUUGCAGGAUUUUUUACACAAUCAACGCAACAGCGGUGUCUUCCAAAGCAUACAGAAUCCAUUGAAUCCUAGUUUUCGUUGCAAAGGUGUUAAACCAGAAAAAUGCAAAGUAAUGGAUUCAAAAAUGCGGCCACUUUGGAUUGUAUUCGAAAAUGCCGACCAAAAUUGUAAUGAUAUUUAUAUAAUAUUUAAAAAUGGUGAUGAUCUAAGGCAAGAUAUGUUAACUUUGCAAAUGCUAAGAGUUAUGGAUCAGUUAUGGAAAAAUGAAGGAUUGGAUUUCCGCAUGAAUAUCUACAAUUGCAUUAGUAUGGAAAGGCGUUUGGGCAUGAUUGAAGUUGUAUUAAAUGCCGAAACAAUUGCGAAUAUACAAAAAGAAAAAGGAAUGUUUUCAGCGACAUCACCAUUCAAAAAAGGCUCUCUCUAUAGUUGGCUAAAGGAAUACAAUAGAACUGAAGAAGAAAUGAAUAAAGCGAUUAAUGAGUUUACACUAUCUUGUGCAGGCUACUGUGUUGCCACCUAUGUACUGGGCGUAGCCGAUCGACAUUCGGAUAACAUUAUGGUUAAGCGGAACGGUCAGCUAUUUCAUAUUGACUUUGGACAUAUAUUGGGUCAUUUUAAAGAGAAAUUUGGCGUGCGUCGUGAACGUGUACCAUUCGUUUUGACUCAUGAUUUUGUCUAUGUUAUUAACAAAGGUCGGGGCGAUCGUAUGGCCGAAGAAUUUCGUUAUUUUCAAGAUAAAUGCGAGCAGGCAUUUUUAAUUUUACGCAAACAUGGCUGCCUUAUACUAUCAUUGUUUAGUAUGAUGAUAUCGACCGGAUUGCCAGAACUAUCAUCAGAAAAAGAUUUAAAUUAUUUAAAAGAGACUUUGGUUUUGGAAUAUACUACGGAGAAGGCUCGAGAACAUUUUCGUUCAAAAUUUAGCGAGGCUUUAGCCAAUUCCUGGAAGACAUCACUUAAUUGGGCUUCACAUAAUUUUUCGAAAAAUAAUAAACAAUAA